GCCUCCGAACUCUUACCAAUUCUGUCAAAAUGCUUUAUUGUUGCUGUUUUCAGGACAUGUUUUCCUUUCUGUGAUAUCUUGAUCUGUGUUUGUUUCCUUCGCUUGAGUUUUGGUGUUUGCUUGCUGAGAAAAGAAAAGGGAGGAAAGGAAGUGUUGAAUUUUGUGAUGUGGGGUUUUCUGGUUGCCAAGAAAAGUUAGAGACUCUCAUCAGCUUAAGGGUGGGUGUAGUUGUUUUUCUACCUUUUUCUCAGCAACCACCCAUAGGCGGUAGUGUUGGUGGUGGUUUUUAAUCUGCAGGUGGAGGUUUUGAUGUGAUUUGAAUUGGUAUCAAUCGACGAAGAGAAAUCAGAUCAAAAAAUGUUUGUUUGCCAGUUCAAGCUGAGAUGGGCUUUGAAUCAUAUCCGAACUGUCGUUGCUGAGUCUUUCUAAUUUUUUUUUUUUCCUUUACGUAUGUUUGGUUUCUGAGAAAAUUCAGGGAAAGAAAUGAAAUUACUGGGAAACAGAGAACCUCCCAGUCCUCGAACGGGUUUCCCACUAUGUGACUAUUCUUCGUAAUGCGAAAUGGUCCUUUGUGUCAAUGUGGAUCUGUUGCCCUGAUCUCCAAUUGACUUUUUCAUGCUUUGAAUAGCGUCUGAGCUCUCUAUAUUGACCAGCCGGUUAUCAAGUUGGAUUAAUCAACUAUACUGCAGAAUAGGAAACCAAUAAUACACUUUGACCGGUUUUUUUCUUUUCAGAUAUUGAUUUGCCAUUUUUGCAGUUCUGCCAAUGGCCUUGAUGCUUGAAUAGCGAGUGCAGCGAAGCCCAAAAGGAGAGAUGAAAGGCGAGUCAUCGGGACUGAUAAUCGGGAUUUCCAUAGGGUUGGUAAUUGGAGUGCUUUUGGCUAUAUUGGCCUUGUUCUGCUUUAGAUACCAUAGGAAGCGAUCACAGAUAGGGAAUAGCAGUUCCAGGAGGGCUGCAACCAUCCCUAUCCGAUCAAAUGGAGCUGAUUCUUGUACUAUAUUAUCGGACUCCACCAUCGGUCCGGAUUCACCCAAAGCAUCUGGACGGAACGGCAUGUCCUUUUGGCUAGAAGGAUUUAAGAGGAGUAACGUGGUUUCUGUUUCUGGGAUACCCGAGUACUCUUACAAGGAUCUGCAAAAAGCAACUUAUAAUUUUACAACAUUGAUAGGACAAGGUGCAUUUGGUCCUGUUUAUAAAGCUCAGAUGUCAACCGGUGAGACGGUUGCUGUUAAAGUGCUUGCAACUGACUCUAAGCAAGGGGAGAAGGAGUUCCAAACAGAGGUUCACUUACUGGGAAGGUUACAUCAUAGAAACCUCGUGAAUUUGGUUGGGUAUUGUGCCGAAAAGGGCCAGCAUAUGCUUAUAUAUGUCUACAUGAGUAAAGGCAGUUUGGCUUCUCAUUUGUAUGAUGGGAAGUAUGAGCCAUUGAGUUGGGAUUUGAGGAUUUACAUAGCUUUAGAUGUGGCAAGGGGCUUGGAGUAUCUUCAUGAUGGGGCUGUUCCUCCUGUCAUACACCGGGACAUCAAAUCAUCCAAUAUUCUAUUGGACCAGUCCAUGAGAGCAAGGGUUGCUGAUUUUGGGCUUUCGAGGGAAGAGAUGGUUAGCAAACAUGCAUCUAAUAUACGAGGAACUUUUGGAUAUCUUGAUCCUGAGUAUGUAUCAACAAGGGCCUUCACUAAGAAGAGUGAUGUUUACAGUUUUGGGGUAUUGCUUUUUGAACUUAUUGCUGGCCGGAAUCCUCAACAGGGGCUCAUGGAAUAUGUUGAGCUUGCAGCAAUGAAUACUGAGGGGAAAGUUGGAUGGGAGGAAAUUGUGGAUUCCCGUCUUGAUGGUAAAUUUGAUACGCAAGAACUCGAUGACAUGGCAGCUCUUGCAUACAAAUGUAUCAACCGUGUUCCAAAAAAGCGACCGUCCAUGAGGGAUAUAGUGCAAGUUUUGUCAAGGAUCCCAAAAAUGAGGCAUAGCAGGAAGCAUCAUACGCAAUCCUUGUCUAGCACAGCCAAUGACAUUGCCAUCGAUGUCGAUCAACCAGACAGUCACACUCCAGUCAGUGAACACAAGAGGGAGGAGUCCAUGGACAGCACUGCUGACACCUUUGAAGUUUAAGUGACAGUUUCUUUCAUUUUUUCAUUUUUUCUUUCCUUGUUUUUCAGUUUUGUUUGCUUUGUGACAGAAGGGUAGCAUAGCUGCUGUAGCUUGGAGUUCUGCUUGAGUGAGUGAGAAUUCAGUUCAGUUUCCCUUGUAACCAUCUCUUGUAACAUAAUACAUUCUCUAUCUCUUCCUUUUGCUAGAUUGACAGAUCCCAAAUUCUUGUAUAUUAAUACUAGAGAAAUGGAAGUGAAGGAAAAAUAGCCUUUCUUUCUUUCUGUACCCUUUUUCCUCCAUCUACAUGUUUAGCAGUGAUGGAUCCCAAAAAUAUUCCAUUUCAAUCAAA